AUGUCUGGAAUAGAGGGAAUAGAUGAAGUUGUUAUCUCAGGCUUCUCGGGCCGUUUUCCUGAGUCCUCGAAUGUUGAGGAAUUCAAGAGUAAUCUCUUCAAUGGUGUCGACAUGGUCAAUGAUGAUCCACGUCGUUGGCCUACCGGUCUUUAUGACUUGCCUGCGAGAAUUGGGAAAAUAAAGCAGGAAAAUUUGGAAAAUUUUGAUCACAUUUUUUUCGGUGUUCAUCAAAAACAAGCAGAAGUGAUGGAUCCUCUUCUGCGAAAUCUUCUCGAGGUCACUCAUGAGACCAUAGUUGAUUCAGGGUAUAACCCUCAAGAGCUACGUGGUUCUUGUACUGGUGUGUAUGUUGGCGCUAUUGCAUCAGAAGCUAAAGAGUACUGGUCAACUGAUCCAAAUUCUAUAACUGGCCAUGAACUACUAGGAUGUUUCCGAUCAAUGUUUGCCAACAGACUAUCGUUCACAUUUAAUUUUACUGGACCUAGCUAUGCUGUUGAUACUGCAUGCUCCAGUUCUCUUUUUGCAAUGGCUCAAGCCUUCCAAGAUAUUCAAACUGGACGUUGCAAUGCAGCCAUAGUUGCUGGAAUUAAUUUCAUUUUAAAUCCCAUUACGUCUCUGAUGUUUCAUAGAAUCAGGAUGAUGAGUCCUGAUGGUGCUUGCAAAGCAUUCGAUGAGUCUGCAAAUGGAUAUGUACGCGCAGAUGGAUGUGUCGUGGUAUUUCUGCAGAAAUCUAAAGAUGCUCGUCGUAUCUAUUCAACAGUCCUCAAUAUACGAACAAAUACAGAUGGUGCCAAGGACCAAGGAAUCUCGUAUCCUAAUGGUGAAAUGCAAAAGCAACUCAUGCAAGAAACGUAUCAGGAAAUAUCUCUAAGCCCGCAUGAUGUUCAAUAUGUCGAGGCGCAUGGAACAGGUACUAAAGCUGGAGUUAUUGAUGGACGUCUUAAGGUCGUGAACAGAAAUAUUCCAUGGAGUGGUGGCAUAGUUGCAAUAAAUAAUUUUGGAUUUGGUGGAGUAAAUACACAUGUAAUUUUGAAGUCUAAUCCAAAAAUGAAGAUCAUUAAACCUGUUGAUGGAUACCCAAGAAUGGCGGUGGUUUCAGGACGUACGUAUGAUGCUGUACAAGUCCUCUUGAAGGACAUUGAAGCCCACGCAGAUGAUGAAGAGUAUUUGGCAUUAGUGAAUAAAAUUCACGCUAAGAAUAUUCCUCUGCACAAUUAUCGUGGAUAUACUGUCGUCAGCAAGGAUGAGCCUCUGCAUGAUAUAGUUGAGUUUACAGAGACUAAACGUCCAAUAUGGUUCGUGUUCUCCGGAAUCGGCUCGCAGUGGGCUCACAUGGCGAAAGAAUUGAUGAAGAUUGAAAUCUUCAACAGGAGUAUUCACAGAUGUGCUGAAGUUUUACGUCUCGAAGGCGUUGAUCUCAUUCAUAUAUUGACUAAUUUGGAUGAAACUUCUUUUGAUACUUUGCACAAUUUCAUUUCAAUUAUCGCAGUUCAAAUUGCUCUAACUGAUGUUCUCACACACCUUGGAAUUACACCUGAUGGAUUUGUAGGACAUUCAGUAGGAGAAUUAGGAUGUGCUUAUGCCGAUGGAUGUUUAACGCUUGAACAAACCAUUCUUGCUGCAUACUGGAGAGGAAGAAGCAUUUUGGAUACUGAUUUGAUAUCUGGAACGAUGGCAGCCGUUGGUCUGUCUUGGGAAGAAUGCCUGAAGCGUUUGCCAGAGGAUAUUUUUCCUGCUUGUCAUAACAGCGCAGAUAAUGUCACAAUAUCUGGACCCACGGAAUCCAUAAACAAAUUCGUGGAAAUAUUGCAAAAGGAAGGAGUAUUCGCCAAGAUUGUUAAUGUAUCAGGAAUACCUUUUCACAGCAAGUACAUGAACAAUGUCGGUCCAAAGCUUAAAAAAUCUCUCGAUAAAAUCAUACCCAUUCCGAAAAAUCGUACAGAUAAAUGGAUAAGCACCAGCAUUCCACAAUGUGAAUGGAAUACAGCGCUAGCGAAGAAAAGUUCAGCAGACUAUCAUGUAAAUAAUCUCCUAUCACCUGUACUUUUUUACGAAGCCAUUCAGCACAUUCCAAAAAAUUCAAUCUGCAUUGAAAUAGCUCCCCAUGGACUUCUCCAAGCCAUUUUGAGACGUUCUCUUGGCAAGAAUGUGAUAAAUCUGAGCCUAAUGAAGCGCAAUCACGACAAAAAUGUUCAAUUUUUGAUGAGCAACAUUGGAAAACUCUAUGCAGCUGGAGCUCAACCAGAUGUUAAUAAGCUUUUCCGGCCAAUAACUUAUCCCGUGGGGCGUGGAACACCAAUGCUUAAUUCUAAGAUCUUGUGGGAUCAUUCACAGAAGUGGACAGUACCAUAUUUAGGGUCAAGCAAUACUUCAAAGGAAACCUUUGUGGAGUUUGAUCUGAGAAAUGAAGAAGAUUCCUUCUUAAUUGGACACACCAUUGAUGGUCGUGUUCUUUUUCCUGCGGCUGGAUACAUUAGCCUUGCUUGGCGUCAAUUUGCCAAAGCUCAGGGAAGUACUCCUGAUCGCAUGUCAGUGAUUUUUGAGAAUCUUGUCUUUCACCGCGCAACAAUUUUGCCCGUUGAUGGCUCAGUAAAAUUUGGAAUUAAGUUUCUUGAUAGCUCGGGAAAAUUUGAAAUAUGUGAAGGUAAUUCUUUAGCCACGUCAGGAAGUAUUCGGAUUUUUAACAAUAUUGAGCAGAAAGAAUCAAUACUUGAUUCAAUAUCAGUGGCAAUGAAUGAUUUUCCAUUGGCAGUGGAUGACAUCUACAUGGAAUUACGAAUGCGUGGAUAUGAUUAUAAUGAACCAUUUAAAGGUCUUGUACAUGCAAAUCCAAACGUAGAUACAGGAAAGUUGAAGUGGAUAAACAAUAAUUGGAUAUCAUUCAUUGAUACAAUGUUUCAGUUCAUUAUUUUAGGACAAAAAUCACGUCACUUGAAAAUACCAACUCAAAUUGAGAAAGUUAUCAUAAACCCAAACCAUCAUUUUCAAUUAGCUGAAAAAACACCAUACCUGCAGAAUUCAGUGAACGACUCAGAAAUUCGAAUUCUUACCAAAGACAUCACAAUGGGACCUAUUGAGUCAACCUAUCACCUGUAUUUGGCUACAGAUGUUCUCACACAUCCUAAUGCAAAAUUGAUAUUGAGAAAUCUCAGAGAUUCCAUCAAAGAUGAUGGUUUCAUGUGCUCUGAGAAAGAAUACCUUCUCUUGCGUCCUACAUUCUACAUUGAAUCACAAAAGAUUCAAGUGAUCAAUGUAACAGAAAAGAAUUUUGAUUGGCUGGAAAAACUUAAAUCAUCUAUUCUGAAGGCAGAGAGUGAGAACAGUUUGUUAUAUAUCGUAUGCCAAGGUGAGGAAUUGUUUGGAGCUAUUGGAUUCAUGAACUGCCUCAAAUAUGAAACUGGUGGAAAUUCUGCUAGAUUAUUUUUCAUCCAAGACACAAAUGCGCCCAUCUUUUCCAUUACUAAUCCCUUCUAUUUGGAUCAGAUAAAAAAGAAUCUCACCUUAAAUGUCCUUAAGAAUGGAAUUUGGGGAUCUUUCAGACAUUUAAAAUUGGAAUGCCAACAAAAUCUGCCUAAUCAACAAGUCGAUCAUGCCUUCGUGAAUGUUUUAACUAAAGGUGAUCUAUCCAGUUUAAGAUGGAUUGAAGGACCACUCAGCAUCAACCGUCCAGAAUUAACUGAUCCUGACGUCGAAAUGUGUACUGUUUACUAUGCACCACUGAAUUUCCGCGAUAUCAUGCUUGGUUCAGGAAAACUUUCUGUUGAUUCUCUGCCAAAGCAUUUAGCGGAUGAAGAAUGCGUUUUGGGAAUAGAAUUUUCUGGACGUGAUUCAAAAGGAAAGCGCAUUAUGGCAAUGGUACCGUCAAAGUCUCUCGCCACAUCUUGUGUUGUUCGGAAGAAAGUACUGUGGCCUGUUCCAGAUUCUUGGACUCUUGAAGAAGCUUCUACUGUUCCAUGUGUCUACUCCACUGUGUAUUAUUGUAUUUCUCGCUACAAUUAUGCUUUGGUGAUGCGUGGAAAGAUGAAGAAGGGUGAAACUAUUUUGAUUCAUGCUGGAUCCGGUGGUGUAGGUCAAGCUGCUAUUUCUGUGGCACUCCACGCUGGACUCACCGUGUUCACGACUGUUGGAAGCAAAGAGAAGAGAGAGUUCCUCAAAAAAACUUUUCCACAAUUAACAGAUCGAAAUAUUGGAAAUUCUCGCGAUUGCUCAUUUGAAGAAAUGAUAAUGCGUGAAACGAAAGGUAGAGGUGUGGAUUUAGUAUUAAAUUCAUUGGCUGAUGAAAAGCUUCAAGCAUCCGUUAGGUGUCUUGCAUUAAACGGACGAUUCCUAGAGAUCGGAAAAUUCGAUCUCAGCAACAACAGCUCUCUUGGAAUGUCUAUUUUCCUAAAGAAUAUCAGCUUCAAUGGAAUCUUACUUGAUCAAGUGUUAAGCAGUGAUGAUGAGACGAUUAAUGAAAUCAAACAGCUCAUUUAUGAUGGAAUUGAGAGUGGUGCUGUUCGUCCACUUCCAAGGACUGUUUUUAACAAUCAGGAAGUAGAGGAAGCUUUUCGUUUUAUGGCUUCUGGAAAGCAUAUUGGGAAGGUUCUUAUAAAGUUACGUAACGAAGAGGAAGAGAAGAAAAUUCUUCCUGCUUCCAAGCUUAUUUCAGCCAUUCCUCGAACGUAUUUUUACAAAGAAAAGACAUACAUUGUCGUUGGAGGGUUAGGAGGAUUUGGACUGGAAUUGAUUCACUGGCUAAUUUCUCGUGGUGCAAGGAAUAUAGUAGCUACAAGUAGAAGUGGAAUUAAGUCAGGCUACCAAUCACUGAUGAUAAGACGUUGGAGAGAGAAAGGUGUGAAUGUGGUUGUGGCUAUAAAUGAUCUGUCUACGCAACAAAGUGCUCAACAGUUGCUCAAGGAUGCUACUAAAUUGGGACCUGUAGGAGGAAUUUUCAAUACAGCUGUUGUCUUACGUGAUGGCUUCUUGGAAAAUCAACAGGAGUCUGAUUUCCGUACUGUUUGUCUUUCUAAAGUUGAUGCUACAAAAUUCCUAGAUGUAGCUUCCCGCAUUUUAUGUCCUGAUUUGGAUUACUUCAUCUGCUUCUCCAGUGUUUCAUGUGGACGCGGCAAUAUUGGUCAAGUUAAUUAUGGAUUGGCUAAUUCAGCAAUGGAGAGAAUUUGUGAGGCUCGUCAGGCAGCUGGAUAUCCUGGAAUGGCUAUUCAGUGGGGUGCUAUUGGUGAUACGGGUCUCAUACUACGAGAUCUAGGAAAUAAUAAUACGAAUAUUGGUGGCACUUUACCUCAAAGGAUAGUGUCCUGCUUAGAAACAAUGGACUGCUUUAUGAAACAUCCUUAUCCCAUUCUGGCCUCAAUGGUAAUUGCAGACAAGAAAAAAAUGGGUAACGAUCGGAUCAACAUUUCAACUCACAUCGGAAAUAUUCUUGGAUUUAAAAAUUUAAAGAAAAUUUCCUUCACAUCAACAUUGGCUGACUUGGGAAUGGAUUCGCUUAUGAGAGAAGAAAUUAAACAGACGCUCGAGAGGAACUACGAUUUAGUGUUGAAUGCACAAGAAAUAAGACAGCUUACUUUUGAGAAAUUAAAAACAUUUGAAGAUGAAAAGGCAUAGACAUUAAUUAUGGUUUUGGAUAGCUUAAGGAAAUAUUAUACACCACUGAACGAGGUGAUCUUAAGGUGCUUAGAAGAU